AAACGCACGUAUCGAAAUUUUCUCGAUUAUCGUACGCGGCAAAUCAACAACUUCUAACUUAGGCCGAUCAUAGUUUCGGCCUAACCGCCGUCACGACAAGACGUGUUUGAACACGUUCGGACCAUGUGAUUUUUUGGAACGUGUCUUGGAAUUUUCCAAGACUUUACUCUUAAUAUAGAUCACUAUCGGAAAAAUGGCGUUGGAGCAUAACUCUUAGAAAGGCCUGGAGCCAGAUUUUGAAGUUGAAGUUGAACACUUAGGCCGAUCCUUGAGUUCUAAACUUUAUAUAUAUAUAUAUUUAUAUUCCCAAAACCCCCAUUAAAUCGAUGACUCAAAUAAAUUCAUUUUAUAUGUUGCAAAAAAGCUUUCUAUAAUUUCGGUUUACGAGAACAAGUUACGAGACUUACGAUUCUGCUUAGAAUUGCAGCAUAAGUUGUGUACCGUAUAUAUUGGACUUGUGUUGUCCUGCACCGAGACGCACUUUUAAUCAGAGUUGCAUAGUCCAUUCUAUAGGUCUGUGCUGUAGUCAGUUCAAUUUAAAAACAACAAGAAUCGUACUAUCGCAAGUUAUAAUACAUAUCUUGGUUAUUUUAUAUUCAUAUUUGUCGGAAUGACAUUGAGACUUUGUACUUAUGCUCGUUUCGCAGUUGCGAGGCAAAGUUACAAAACUCCUUUGUUGAGGAUUUUCGAGAGAAACUAUGUGACAUACGUUCAAGGGCAAUCUCCUCAACCCCGUAUACGAGAAUAUUUUUACUACAUUGAUCACCAAGGCAUGUUAUUUCUGGAUGAUGUUCGCAUAAGAAACUUUACUUCAUGUUUUAAAGACAAGAAGUUCUUGGCAUUCUUCUUCAAGCACCUGAAGGAAAAUAACACUGGUCGUUAUAUGAGUGACUUCCCAUUCCUCUCAAUCUGUGGUGUGGAAAGAAACUUUAUAAGAUGCGACGACCUACCAUUGGUUUUCACAAAGGUAUUUCAGGUGCAGAACAUAGAAACUGGUAUUCAGGAAGACUGGUUCAGUUACGCGCAUGCAGAUGAUCUGUUGAUGGUACGCUUUGAACCACAGAAAUUGUUCAUGAAUAUUAACACAGGGAGAGUGUAUCAUCCUGCACCAGAAAAAGUAGGAGGCAUUGGACUCGUAAGAUCUCAGCUGGCUAUCGAAUUUAGUGCCUCCUUCGAUUUCGAGAAUGAUGAGACAAAUGCGCCAACACACUUUACAUGGAGAAAUAAACGAUACAAGCUUGACACGAUAUGGUACAAAGAUAAAUGGAUGCGUAGAGUUAGACAAAAAUAAAUUUCAAAAAUUAGAUGAAAAUAAUGAUUUUAUUUUUAAAUAAUACACUAAAACGAAUAAUGUAUAUAGUACAAAAAGGGA